AAAAAACACCAAUUUUUCAAUUCAAAAUGCAUCAAUAAUAUAAUGAACAGCAUAAUCAUCAACAACAAUAGUAAUGAUGAAAAUGUUGAUAAUGAUGAUGACUCCGAAUCACUUUUCGCUACUUGAUUAGUAUGCGUUUUCAACCUUUUCCCCGUUAUAUUUCAUUAUCAUUAUAAUUUUGUCUGACUUCUUUCUUGCUUCAAUUCUUUCCCUGAUUGUAAUUUAAGUUUAAUGAGCCUGAAAGUUCUCACUUUAAUGUACUCGCUAGUCAACAAUUGUAGUCGUCAGUAGUUCAGGUAAAUCUUGGUCUGUUCAGUUUAAUUCAUUUUCAACAUUUCAAACCUCUUCUACUGUUGCCAGCAAUAGUUGACUUUUUUCUGGUUACAUUUCAAUUUGUGGAUAACCAAGUGAACCAAUGAUGAUUACUCCAUUGAAAAGUGAUUUAAUUGAUGAAAAAGUUUCAAGUAAAUAUAAAAGAUUGCGAACCGAAGCUGUCUGUGAACCUGCUAUCAUUGAAGGAUUUUCAUUCAAAGAGAAACCUUCUUGGUAUGAUGAAAAUAAGUUCAAACGAGCCCAAAAUUGGGCUUAUCACCAUUUUGUAAGUGUUUUUCUUGGUCAUUUAACCGGACUUUUAGUCGUUUUCAAUAUGCCAUCGAUGAUACCACCAGUUGCUAAAACAAAAAGCCAUUCAACAGCCGCAAAGCUUUUUAAUCGUUACUUGGAUACAUUUAGACAUGUUAAAAUUUGGUACGAAUCUGACCCUUUCAAAGAAGGCAGUGAAGCCAACAAGUCACUUCGUAAGAUCAAUACUUUGCACUGUAACAUUGUCAAAUCAAUGAAUGGAUUGGUUCCUAAAGAGUCGAGUGAACCAAUUUGGGUUACCCAAUAUGACAUGGCUCUUAUCCUUUGGUCAAUCAUGGCACCAAUUGUUUUGUUUCCUCGUAAAUGUGGAAUCCAUGAGAUAACUCGAUCUCAGAUGGAAGAUUUAAUCCACUUUUGGGCUGUUCUUGCCUACACUUUAGGAAUUAAAGAUGAAAACAAUAUAAUGUUGUCCGAUUACGAUGAAACUUUUGCCAUUUGUGAUAUGAUUUUGGCUAAAGAUGUUCGUCCAGUUUCAAAGGAACGCAAAUAUCCAUCUGAUCAUGGUUUUGAAGUAUCAAAGGUAUUGGCAGUUGCAAUUCAACCUUUAGCUCCAAUCGUUUCCCUUCAAGGUUUAAUGCGCCAAUGGUACAGAAUUUUUGGAAUCACUGCUUCAGUUCCAGUUGAACACAAGUUUGGCUACAAAUCAAUGGUAACUCUGGCUGAUACUUUACUUAAAUACACAGUAUUCCGAUGGAUGUUUGCAGCCUUACUUAAAUUCAUGUUGAUCCUGAGAACCUGGCAAAGAGCCAAGAUAACGGCAACCAUGAACACUCUUUAUCCUGAUGAAGUUCAUCCCGAUGUUGAUCCGCAUUCAUUCACACCCAAAGAGUUGCUUGCAUAUUGAUAAACUAAAAGUUUAACCAAGUAACCUAAAAGGUGAAACACAUUUAUUGUUAACCAGAAAAUUGUCUCUUUUCCCAUAGACAUUAAAAUGUUAUUUUUUCAGAUA